UUCCAGCCCCGGAGCUGUGGUCCCGACUGUCACCCGGAUCGCAGAGACGCCGCUGGAGAGGGGCUCGGCGCCCGGCAGGGACCGCAGCAGGUGCCGUUAUCUCUAAGUCUGAAUAAGACUGAGAUAAAGAGGAUCUUGUAUUUGGGCUGCCAUUAAAAGCAGAGGGUGAGGCCUCAUCAAGUAUUCAUGCCCAGGAACAAACCCCCAUACCAAGUACUGGAAACAAGUCAGGCAAUGACUCAGGAUGCAGACAGGGACCACAACUUGCACAGAAGACCGAAUUCUACAUGCCCUGGAGCGCUGCUUGCAUGGACUCAGUCUCAACCGCCAUUCCACCUCUUGGUCAGCUGGGCUGUGUCUGAACUGUUGGAGCCUACAGGAACUUGUCAGCAGGGACCCAGGCCACUUCCUUGUCCUCCUGGAAUUGAUCUUACAGAAAACUGGAGAGGUUCAGGAGAAGGGAAUAUAUGACCUCCUGACCCCACUGGCCCUGCUCUUCUAUUCCACUGUCCUUGGUACACCACACUUUCCACCAGAUUCAGAUAUUCUUCUGAAAGCAUCCAGAACCUACCACCAGUUCUUGACCUGGCCGGUUCCUUACUGUAGCAUCUGCCAGGAACUGCUCACCUUCAUUGAUGCUGAACUCAAGGCCCCAGGAAUCUCUUACCAGCGACUGGUGAGGGCCGAGCAGGGCCUGCCCAUUAGGAGUCACCGAAGCUCUACUGUCACUGUGAUGUUGCUGAACCCGCUGGAGGUACAUGCUGAGUUCCUUGCUGUGGCCAAAAAGCUGAGCGCACCCGGACACUCACCCAACAGUGCCUACAUAACCCUGCUCUUGCACGCCUUCCAGGCUACCUUUGGGCCCCACUGUGACCUCCCAGGUCUACACUGCAGGCUGCAGUCCAAGACCCUAAGAGAGCUCGAGGACAUCUUCACAGAGACGGCAGAGGCUCAAGAGGUGGCAGCCAGCAUUGAGGUUGCAGCUGAGGCCCGCCAGUGGCUCAGAACCAAACUGCACACAGUAGGAGAGAAGGCCGGCUUCCCUGAAGUCUUAGAUACCACAAAACUUGGUAAGCUCCGUACCAUCCCCAUCCCAGUGGCCAGGUGCUACACCUACAACUGGAAUCACGACAGCUUUGAUAUUCUACAGGAAAUCCUGCACAAGGAACAGGAGUUGCUCCUACCAGGAAUCCUGAGAGAUGAGGAGCAGGAGGAAGAAGAGAAGGAAGAAGAGUACUUAGCAAUCAACAGGCAUUGUGAUGAGAGAGACUCGCUGAUCUCUACCAGCUCUAGGGACUCCCAAGACUCAGCCCUGUCCCUUGUCUCCUCUCAGGUGGCAGGGGCUUCCCUGCCUCGCCAGUUGCUUACCUCCUUUGUCUCAGGUCUCUCAGAUGGCCUGGACAGUGGCUAUGUGGAGGACAGUGAGGAACUCCCCUGUGAGGGGUCCUGGAAGCCAGACAGUCAGGAAUGCCAGAGUCACCACAGGUCUGGGCAGAAGCGCAACAGGAUCUAUCAACUCUUCAAGAGCACCAGCCAGCUGGUGCUGCGGAGGGACUCUCGGAGCCUGGAGGGCAGCUCAGAUACAGCCCAGUUUCUUCUCCGGGUGGAAAGAUUCUCCAGCCCCCUGGACAGCCCAGCACUGUUCCCUCCCAAGGCCCAGCGCUCCUUCUCCUUGCCCCAGCCUCAGCUCAGGACCCAGCUGCCCAGAUGGCUCCUGGCCCCUGCCUCAGGCCACCAGCGCCGGCGCCCAUUCCUGAGUGGAGAUGAGGAUCCCAAGGCUUCCACACUUCGUGUUGUGGUCUUUGGCUCUGAUAGAAUUUCAGGGAAGGUGGCUCGGGCUUACAGCAACCUGCGGCGAUUGGAGAAAAGAUGCCCACUGCUCACACGCUUCUUCAAGCUCCAGUUCUUCUAUAUUCCUGUGAAACGGAGCCCAGACACAAGCCCAAGAACCUGCCCUGAUCCUCCAUGCCAGAUGCCCCCAACCCUUGCAGACUCCCCAAGGCACUCCAGCCCUGAGGAGCUGAGCACUGCCCCAUGGGUGGAAAGUACCAAUGACAUCUCCUACUACCUCGGCAUGCUUGACCCAUGGUAUGAACGCAAUGUUCUAGGCCUCAUGCACUUGCCUCCAGAAGUCCUUUGUCAGCAGUCCCUCAAGGCUGAGUCUCGGUCCCUGGAAGGCUCUGCUACCCAGUUGCCCAUCCUGGCAGACAUGUUGCUCUACUACUUCCGCUUUGCUGCCCGGCCCGUGCUGCUGCAGGUCUAUCAGACAGAGCUGACCUUUGUCUCUGGGGAGAAAACAACAGAAAUCUUUAUCCACUCCCUGGAGCUGGGGCACUCUGCUGCCACGCGUGCCAUCAAGGCUUCUGGUCGUGGCUGCAAGCGGCUGGGCAUCGAUGGUGACCGGGAGGCCAUCCCUCUAACACUACAGAUUAUUUACAGCAAGGGAGCCGUUAGUGGAAGAAGUCGCUGGAGCAACAUGGAGAAAGUCUGUACCUCUGUCAACCUCAACAAGGCCUGCAGGAAACAGGAGGAACUAGAUUCCAGCAUGGAGGUCCUGAUGCUAAACCUGACAGAAGUAGUGAAAAGGCAGAACCCCAAAUCCAAGAAGGGCUUUAACCAGAUUAGCACAUCACAGAUCAAAGUGGACAAAGUGCAAAUUAUUGGAUCCAACAGCUGCCCCUUUGCUGUGUGUUUGGACCAGGAUGAAAGGAAGAUUCUUCAGAGUGUGGUCAGGUGUGAUGUCUCACCCUGCUACAAACCAGAGAAGAGCGACUUCUGCCACUCAUCUCAGAAGCCCACCGACCUCUCAUCCCAAGCUUCACCAGACAUCUGCUCCCUUCUCUGCCUCCCCAUCAUGACUUUCAGUGGAGCACUACCCUAGAGUGCCCUGUGCCAGCCCCCACACGGCCUCCUGCACCCCCACCUGAGCCCCUUCCUGAGGGACAGCUGAGAAGCUCUCACUCCCUGUGUCUCCACUGAAUGGUGCUUGGUUGGAGUACCUGGCUCACAAGUUUGGUGCCUGAUUGGGUAAAAAUUGUGGUAUUAGCUUUCCGACUGGCAGGAUGGAGUGCUGAGAAGUUGGGAGCAAAUAUAGAGAAAGAUGGUAGGAUGGAGGAAAGGGCUUGGUCUAGAUUUUGGACUGCUGAAGUUGGGAGAGUAACCAUAGAUGCAGACAAUUGUGUCCUGCCCUGAACCCUUCCCUCUUCCUUCUCCUGAUAGGGCUUCUAGGGGUCCAUGAAAUCCCAGCCCUGAACCAAGUAAAGUGGAUAAAGCUGGCCAUUCCUGGUCUGACCAGGCCUCCCCCAUCUUAUUCAUUUGUACUUGUUCCAGAGUAACUCCAGAGAGUAAUCUGACUUCCAUAUUGUCAACUGAUAUUGUCCUGCAGUAUCUGGUGAUUUGAGUACACAGAGCUGAUGCCAAUACAGUCUAUGACUGAUGGUCGAGAGAUGCAGACCACAAACUGAUGACACUGUAGAUAAAUUAAAAUAGGAAAUUUCAAUUAAAAUUAAAAAUUAAUACACAAUUAAAAUGGAAUUUAUUAUUAUUAUUAUUAUCAAAUAAACUAUGUAAUUAUCUAUAGUUAUUUCACUGAAUGACAAUUAAUUGAAUGACAAUUAAUUUGACACUUAAUAGCAAAAAUUAGAUUCAUGGUGGGGGGAUUUGUUGUUUUUAUUUUGACUUUCUACUCUAUAGGAGAUAUAUCUGGGGCCCGAUGCGGUCAGUCCUGGUUCAAUCUCAGGCAGCACAUUGUUUCCUGAGCACCACCAAGUGUGAC